UCUCUAAAUAUUCAGCUUAACCCUGAAUGUUGCAUUUGAGUUAACAGAAUAAAAGCGAGACUCAGGCACAACAAGCUGAAGUAAAACCACAGCUCAUGUGUGUCUCAGCUCAUGUGUGCUAUGUGGUCUGAAGGACUUGGAAGGAAUGUAAGUUGAGUGCCAUCUUUCUGUGCUUAAGGUCUUUGCUUGGCUGCCUGUAAAAAUUUUAAGAGAAAUCACAUGUCAGAGUUGCAAUAUAAAUCCAAAUAAAACAAACCUUAAAACAAAUCAACAUAAAGGAUACAAAAGUCGAAAUGGAGCUGAAUGUGUAUCCCUCAAAUAGUAAGAAAUAGUGGGUAUUUGGAUGAGGAUUUUAUUAGGAGUUUAGUGUCAAGAUUUCAGUUGCUACAGUUAGACAUAAAAUGUGCUGUUAGAUAAGAUCUCCAGGUUUUAUCAUUUAUGUCUUAACAUCUCAUGAAUAUACAGCACAAGAUUGACACUCAUGGGAAGUUUAUCAAGCAGUCUUGGUGUGUGGGUACUGGUACUUCUGAAUGUUUGAUAAAUUGCCUUAUUUUAUAGUGGCAUAUAUGUGAUUCUUGCUUGCAGAGGCAUUCCAGUUUGAAAGGAUUGGAAGUGCUGCCAGAAAUUCUUUGGAUGUGGAAAUUGCAUGCAUGUUCUUUCAAAUAAUCCUUAGUGGUAGCUCUUUGAGCAUCUCUGAAAGGCAGGAAGCUUGCUGCUCCCCUCUUCCUUUUCCUCUGCAAAGGUUAAAACAACUGUGAACAUAGAGAGAGUGAAUAUGAGCCAGUGGUUGGAGCAGAACAGGUUGGAAGUGUGGGCUGUCUGGUUUCCAAAGCUGUUCUCCAGCUGUGGUAUUUGUUACAGAGUUUACAUUCUAGUAAAAUUAUUAGCUUUCUUCUGAAAGAUGUAGCAUAUGGAGAAUUGAAGGAUUUAAGAGUAAUGCUGUUGUUGGUUAGUCCUCCUCUUUCUAUAUGGAAGCCAUAAAAUCAAAAUUAGUUUUUGGGUAGAAGAGUUUCAUUAAGAGAAUUGAAAUUUGAGAUAGGUAAUUAUGUGACCAACAGAUCCAGCUUGAAACUGGGAAAGAUUUUUAAAAAACAGAAGCCCAAACAAGACUUGCUUCAGGUCAUCAGCUAAUGAAUGUAGAAACCUUGAAGAAAUUCCAUACUCAAAUACCGUUUUGCCUUGUUGGCACUUGCUUUGUGGUAUUACUUUGCUUUGAGGUAUUUGGCAUAUCCUGCUGGAUUAAGUGUCCCUGGUUAUCGCUGCUUUUUGUGGCAUGAUAACUUCAUAUAACAUCAUAUAGGCUUUUAAUAGGCUGCCAUUUCUGUCAGCAAGCUGCUCUCAGCUCUUGUAGUCAGCUGUAAUUCUUACAACUCGAGCCAUUAGAAGAAAAAAGUCACUUGCCAGCCAGAAGAGUUAUGGUGGUUCUGGCAUUACUGCAUUCCCUUGAAUAUAAAACAAUUCAGUAUGUUGCUGCUUGUUCUCUAAUUCCAGGAAAGCCAAUAUUUUCAGUGGACAUUCACCCAGAUGGGACCAAGUUUGCAACAGGAGGACAAGGUCAGGAUUCUGGCAAAGUUGUGAUCUGGAAUAUGGCUCCAGUCCUUAAAGAGGAAGAUGAAAAGAAUGAAAAUAUCCCCAAGAUGCUUUGUCAGAUGGACAAUCACUUAGCUUGUGUGAACUGUGUGCGAUGGUCAAACAAUGGAGUUUACUUGGCUUCGGGGGGAGAUGACAAGUUGAUUAUGGUGUGGAAACGAGCUGCGUACAUUGGACCUAGCACUGUGUUUGGUUCUAGUAGCAAACUUACUAAUGUUGAGCAGUGGAGGUGUGUGUCCAUUCUCAGGAGCCAUUCAGGGGAUGUGAUGGAUGUAGCAUGGUCUCCACAUGAUGCCUGGCUGGCGUCCUGUAGUGUUGAUAACACUGUUGUCAUCUGGAAUGCUGUCAAAUUCCCAGAAAUUCUUGCCACUUUGAAAGGGCAUUCUGGCUUGGUGAAAGGGCUGACCUGGGAUCCUGUUGGAAAAUACAUUGCCUCUCAGGCUGACGAUCGAAGUUUAAAGGUGUGGCGGACCAUGGACUGGCAGCUGGAAACCAGCAUCACAAAACCUUUUGAUGAGUGUGGAGGGACGACUCAUGUGUUGCGCCUUAGCUGGUCACCUGAUGGUCACUAUCUUGUUUCUGCUCAUGCCAUGAAUAAUUCUGGACCCACUGCUCAGAUCAUUGAGAGGGAUGGAUGGAAAACCAACAUGGAUUUUGUAGGGCAUCGGAAGGCAGUUACAGUAGUGAAAUUCAAUCCAAAAAUCUUCAAAAAGAAACAAAAGAAUGGGAGCUCCACCAAGUCAAGUUGUCCCUACUGCUGUUGUGCUGUCGGUAGCAAGGAUCGAUCUCUUUCUGUCUGGCUUACAUGUCUGAAGCGACCUUUAGUUGUCAUACAUGAGCUGUUUGACAAGUCAAUCAUGGACAUCUCCUGGACUCUUAAUGGACUUGGUAUCCUGGUGUGUUCCAUGGAUGGAUCAGUGGCAUUUUUGGACUUUUCCCAGGAUGAACUUGGGGAUCCACUCAGUGAGGAGGAAAAGAGCAACAUUCACCAGUCCACCUAUGGCAAAAGUCUGGCUAUCAUGACUGAAGCUCAGUUGUCCACCACCAUUAUUGAGAAUCCAGAGAUGCUCAAGUACCAGCAGAGACAGCAGCAGCAGGGGGAUCAGAAGAACUCAUCAAUUCGGGAAGGUUCUGGGAAUGCCACAGCUCCCAAAGUGGCAAGCAUGGUUAAUGGGGAAAGUCUGGAGGACAUCAGAAAGAAUCUCUUAAAAAAACAAGUUGAAACGCGAACAGCAGAUGGUCGGAGAAGGAUCACACCUCUCUGCAUAGCUCAACUGGAUACUGGGGAUUUUUCUACAGCAUUUUUCAAUAGCAUCCCAAUAUCUGGAACUCUGUCUGGCUCAAUGAUGUCUUCUCAAAGUAACCAGCAGCUCAUGUCACUAGAUUCUAACGCAGCAAAUUCCCUUAAUACUUCAAAGCCUUCUGUAGAGCCAACAGCAGCCAGUAUAAAACCAACAGAUGAUGCAGCCAAUAAAGAUGGUGUAAAUGCUACCUCUGCCUCAGCUGCUCCUUCUGCAUCGUCUUCCUCUGUGUUGACAACUCCAUCCAAGAUUGAACCUAUGAAAGCAUUUGAUUCUCGAUUCACAGAACGCUCCAAAGCCACCUCAGGGACUGCUGUUGUAACAAACACAAAUCAGACUGUUGUGGACAGACUUUUUUCUUACAGACUGAAGGAUCAGAAUUUAAUUAAAGACAAUAAGCCCAAGGAUAUUCUGGAGAGCAGCAGUGACAGUGAAGAGAAGAUUCCAGCUGUUAAACCGCUCAGUGUACCCAAACGGAAACUGGAACUUGAGGGAGAAACAGUAGAAAAGAAGAAAAAAGGAAGGCCUCGAAAAGACUCCAGACUUGUACCAGUAACUUUAACAGUUCAGUCCCCAGCUACACUGGCCUCUGAGAAGGAUGCUGCUUGCAUCUCUGCACCAGCAUUAGCACUUAAACUGCCAACCCCAAUCCCACAGAAAUCGUUUACUUUGCAAAUAAGUUCAGAUCCAUCAAUGUACCUGGAAGUGGAGAAUGAAAUGACCACAGUGGGAGGCUCAAAGUUGAGCAGGUUAAAGUGUAAUCGAGAAGGAAAGGAAUGGGAGACAGUCCUCACCAGUCGAAUCCUCGCUGCAGCAGGAAGCUGUGAGAUUGUAACUGUGGCCUGUGAGAAGCGAACAUUGUCAGUAUUUUCAGCUUGUGGUCGUCGCCUUCUUCCUCCUAUAAUAUUGAAUACACCCAUUUCCACCCUGCAUUGCACAGGUUCUUGCAUCAUGGCUCUCACCACUGCUGCUACGCUCUCUGUUUGGGAUGUUCACAAGCAGACAGCCAUUGUUAGAGAUGAGUCUUUGCAAACAAUAUUUUCAGGAAGUGAUGCAACUGUCUCUCAGAUCUUGCUGACUCAGCAUGGAAUUCCUGUCAUGAGCAUGUCUGAUGGGAAGGCAUACUGCUUUAAUCCUUCUCUUUCUACGUGGAAUCUUGUUUCUGACAAACAGGACUCUCUAGCACAAUGUGCAGACUUCAGGACUAGUUUGCCAUCCCAAGAAGCCAUGCUGUGUUCUGGACCCUUGGCUGUAAUACAGGGACGCACAUCAAAUUCAGGAAGGCAAGCUGCAAGACUGUUCUCCAUGCCUCAUUUAGUGCAACAAGAAACAACACUUGCAUACCUGGAGAACCAGAUAGCAGCAGCACUUAUGUUACAAUCCAGUCAUGAAUAUCACCACUGGCUCCUUAUCUAUGCACGGUACCUAGUUAAUGAAGGGUUUGAAUAUCGUUUGCGAGAAUUAUGCAAGGAUUUACUGGGUCCAGUCCAUUACUCAGCUGGAAGUCAGUGGGAAUCAACAGUUAUGGGUUUACGAAAGAGAGAACUAUUGAAAGAGCUUCUUCCUGUUAUUGGACAGAACCUCCGCUUCCAGAGGCUUUUCACAGAGUAUCAAGAGCAGCUGGACAUCUUGAGAGACAAGUAGCAUGUCCCCAGAUUUUCCCUGUGGGGCCUGGUCUGAGAGAAACUGCUGAACAGCAUUAAGUAGAAACAAAAGAGGAGCGAGAGCCCGGGCAGUGGGGACACUCCUGAAGAAGGGCUGUGCCGCAGAGGUCCCAGCGGAUUUCUGGAGAUGAUGAGUGAAGGAGCUCAACAGUUUCCCCAGUGAAACUUGACCAUUGAAGCUGUGACCUCUGUUUCUAUGGGAAGUCAUGGAUAUGUACUUCAGGGGGAUCCUUUUGGAUCUGGAUCUCAUUUAAUAUUAAAACUAGCUGAGAACUGUUUGUGCGGUUUCUUGGAUGUCCUGUGAAAAGCACAGUACUUCAGAGUACACUGAACAGCAUAUUUAACCCUGUUUAGGGUUUUUUGCCUGAGGAUUUAUUGAGGCUCAACACUAUAUUGAAUUAGAUGAAUGAGCCACGUAAAAAGAAAUUUCAUAAAUAUUAAGGUAUUAUGCAGCCAAUAGACUCUUUCCUGUGAAUAUAAUAAUAAUAAGAGGCUGUUCUAACACAUGGACUAUUUUUGUACUAGAAUUUGCUAACUUGUAAUAUGGAAUUUUAUUUGGCCAAUAAUCAGGCUAU